GCCGGCUCCUACUACUCCAUCACCUCCAAAUUUUCAGUCCAUAUAGCCCAGGCAGAGGCUAUUCAUUUGCCUGAAACUCAAAAUUAACAUUUGAUAGAUGGGUUUUACCUUGGUGCUUUUGUCCAUUUGCACUAAUAAUGCCUUUCUUCUUCUUCUUCUCUGGUGCAGCAGUUGCUUGAGCUUGGGAGAUUCACAAUCAGGAGGAUCAACAAAUGCAACAGAUCGACUAGCCUUGUUGGCCAUCAAGGAUCGUAUAACCUAUGAUCCCUUUCAUGUUGUGAGCUCCUGGAAUAACUCCAUCCCCUAUUGCGAGUGGCCAGGCGUUAUGUGUGGUGGUCGCCGGCAUCCAAACAGGGUUAGAGCCUUGCAUUUACUUUCCAAAGGAUUGGUGGGGUCCUUGGCUCCAGAAAUAGGAAACCUCAGUUUCCUCCGAAAGAUUUUGCUCGAAAACAAUAGCUUCCAUGGUGAUAUCCCUCGUGAAGUAAGCUUUCUGUUCAGGCUUCGUUAUUUACACUUACACAACAAUUCAUUUCAAGGAGAAAUCCCUCCCAACAUAUCACGUUGCUCCAACCUUAUAGAACUCAGGUUAGCUCACAACAAUAUUGUGGGGAAAAUUCCUGUAGAACUUGGUAGCUUGUCCAAGCUUCAAGUACUUUCAUUCCAUGACAACAAAGUGACAGGUCAGAUCCCACCUUCCUUUGUAAAUCUUUCAUCCCUUGUUGUCAUUUCGGCUGCAGGCAACGAUUUAAGUGGAAGUAUUCCAGAUGCUCUUGGCCAAAUGACAAGAUUAAUAGAUCUCGGUCUUUCUGGAAAUAAGUUGUCUGGUAUCAUCCCUCCCACUAUAUAUAAUCUUUCCUCACUUUCUGUUUUUGAUGUCGGAGAAAAUCAACUUCAAGGGAAUUUUCCGCCAAAUUUAGGCCUCACUCUUCCUAAUCUAUGGCGGCUUUCAGUUUUUGAUAACUAUUUUCACGGACCAAUUCCAACUUCGGUGUCUAAUUUGUCAAAACUCGAAAUACUUUUAACUGUCAAUAACAGUCUUAGUGGGAAAGUGGAAAUUCAUUUUGGAGGCUUAUCAAAACUCACUUUGCUCUCAUUGGCAUUGAAUCAUUUGGGAACCGGAGAGGCUGAUGACCUGAAUUUUAUCGACACAUUAACCAAUUGUAGUAGUUUAACACGAUUGGAGAUUGGUGAUAAUCUGUUUGGUGGUGUACUCCCCAACUCCAUAGCUAACUUAUCGACCCAAUUGAGUGAUCUCUCUUUGUCAAAAACUCAAAUAUCUGGGGACAUCCCAAUGGGGAUAGGGAACCUUGUAAAUUUACAAUUCUUGGCACUAUCUGGUAACUUACUAAAAGGACGUAUUCCGACUUCAAUUGGAAGACUUCAAAUGCUUCAUAUAGUACAUUUAGAGGGGAACAGAUUCACUGGGCCAAUCCCUGCUUCUAUUGGAAACUUGACACUAUUGAUUGAGCUCUACUUAGGAGAUAAUCACUUCCAAGGAAAAAUACCUUCAAGUUUUGGAAAAUGCAAAUCUUUGUUACGCUUGGACCUUUCCAGUAAUAGUUUCAAUGGUAUCAUCCCCAAAGAGCUAUUUGGUUUUUCCACGUUAAUAGUGCUAAACUUGAGUAUAAAUUCUUUCUUUGGUUCUCUACCUAUAGAAGUGGGUCAAUUGGUCAAUCUUGGGAUCCUAGAUGUUUCUCAAAACAUGUUGUCUGGAGAAAUCCCUAACACCCUUGGUGCUUGUACAAGCUUAGAGCAUCUUUUUAUGGAGGGUAACUUAUUUCAAGGAUCAAUACCAUCGUCUCUGAGUUUUCUUAGAGGUCUUCAAGAGUUAGAUCUUUCACACAACAACUUUUCUGGUUUCAUCCCAAAAUAUUUGGGUACAUUUAAGUUCUUACAAAAGUUAAAUUUAUCAUUUAACCAUUUGGAGGGUGAGGUAUCAGCAGAUGGAGUCUUUAGAAAUUUAAGUGUAAUUUCAGUAAUAGGAAACAAUAAGCUUUGUGGAGGUAUACCGGAACUUCAUUUGCCAGCAUGCAAAACUCAAAAAUCAAAAGAAGAUGGUAGGCCUCAUGUUUUCAAGAUAAUAGUCAUCCUAUGUGGUUGUGGGGGCUCUCUAUGUUUGAUUUUUGGGACACUUUUUUUCAUUAUCUACCUGAGAAGAAAGGAAAAGAAAGAAUCCACUUUAUUUUUGAUAGAGAGUCGUCAUCUUAAGAUCUCUUAUGCCCAACUCCUUAAAGCUACUGAUGGAUUUUCUUCUGAAAAUUUGAUUGGCGUGGGGGGUUUCGGUUCUGUGUACAAAGGAGUUCUCAAUAACGGCGAUACUACUGUUGCAGUAAAGGUCCUCAACAUUAACCAAAGAGGUGCUUCCAAAAGUUUCAUGGUUGAAUGUGAAUCCCUUAGAAACAUUCGGCAUCGUAAUCUUGUAAGAAUCUUAACAUCUUGCUCAGGUAUAGAUUUUGAAGGAAAUGAUUUUAAAGCUUUAGUAUAUGAGUUCAUGCCUGGUGGGAAUUUGGAGAGGUGGUUACAUCCACAUGCAAAUGUCAUACAAGAUGAACAAAUACAUUUAAAUCUUGUUCAAAGAUUGAAUAUUGCCAUUGAUAUUGCCACAGCAUUGGAUUAUCUUCACCACCAUUGUCAUACGCCGAUUAUUCACUGUGAUCUAAAGCCAAGCAAUAUUCUUCUCGAUGGUGAUUUGACUGCACAUUUGGGUGAUUUUGGGAUAUCAAGAAUUCUUUCAAAAGUCACAAGUAGAUCUCAAUAUCACACGAGCUCGAUCGGAAUAAAGGGAUCUAUUGGUUACAUUGCACCAGAGUAUGGUGCAGGUGCUGAUGUUUCAAUGCAAGGUGAUGUAUAUAGUUACGGGAUUCUCUUGUUAGAAAUGUUCACAGGGAAGCGACCAACUCAUGAAAUGUUCAAGGAGAACUUUAAUCUUCAUUGCUGGACUGAGAUGGCUAUGCGUGAUGGAGUGAUGGCUGUUGUCGACCCAUCACUUGUCCCUAUGGAAGAAUAUGAAGAAGAGGCAGCAUCAAUUGUAACCAACAUCACUGAAAUUCAAAGAUGCAUGAAGGAUAGAGUGCUAGAGUGCCUUAAUUCAGUUAUUAGAAUUGGAGUUGCCUGCUCAGCCGAAUCACCACAGGAUCGAAUGGACAUAAAUGAUGUGGUCAAAGAACUACAUCUGAUUAGGGACAUUUAUCUUGGAGUUAGCAUUCACCGAGGAAGAUGAACUAUAGUAAGGGCUAUGAACAUUGGCUAGGAUUUCUCCCAUGGACGUUGAGAAGUUAGACAACAAAAUUACAAAGACAGAUUGAAGGCAGCUACUACAUUGGCUACAACAAGAAGAAUUUCAAUAACGACCAUGGGAUCUUUUUCCUCUCUUGCUGGAUAUCAAGGAGUAAUCUAGAAUAUUACAUGAGGAUGUUUUUAAGUAUGUGCCCUUAGGAGAUAAUUGAGAAGCUCGGGAGUAUUUGUUGUAGAUAGUCUAUCUAAGUGUUCAUUUGUAUUUAAUGUCCCAUGAGGCAACUAUGGUGGUAGAAGUUUAAUCUAUAAUGCAUGUAUCCUAGUGUUUUAUAAUAGUAGUAGUAGUA